AUGUCUUCUCUUUAUUCAACAGUCUACCAAAAGCUUUGGGGAUACCAGGAGGUUGAUUUAGAUGAAGAGCAAGAACAGGGGUUACACCCUCCACGAAUGCUUGGUCGCCAUUACCACUCUACCCCGGCAUCAUUUUUGCCCUUUCUUGGAUGGGUGCUGGCCAUCAUGCUCGCGCUCGCCCUUGUGGCUAACCAACGGGUCGAUAACCAGAGCGACCUGACCUGUCAGAGACAACUAUCAACAUACUCUCCACUUAUGGAGGGAUUCAACAUGGACAGUAGAGUAGUCCGUGUCAAUGGCUCCCUUGACUGGCCAUCGCCUUACCGUGGGCCUCCGAGUGCCGAAGUUGAUGCAGCAUGGAAUCGAAUAUCGAUAAUACGGCCACUCGACAUACAAUUGACACCAGACGAAUUCCUACGCCUGGAUAGCGAUCCCGAGACGGCGGUGCAAAAUGCACCAGAGCAUGGUGGGCAAUACUUCCUAGUUCCGCAAUCAACACAUCAUUUCCAUUGCUUGAACCUUCUCCGCAAGUCAACACGAUUCAAGUUUGACUAUUAUGACGCCUUUGAUCCAGAUUUUACCAAGAACCGCGAUAUGUUUGAAACGCAUCUAGAUCACUGCGUUGAAAUCCUUCGUCAAUUUAUUAUGUGUCAUGUAGAUGUUGGCGUUGUCACUUCCCACUGGGUCGAAGGUCGUAAAAAGCCAUGGCCCAAUUUCAAUACCGAGCACGUCUGUAAAGAUUAUGACCAAGUGCUGAAAUGGACAGAGCAGCAUCAGCUCCCCGUGGAUACCCCACUCAUGCCUAUGAAGCCGGCUGGAGUGGCUGAGAUGAGUUCCCCUCCAUAA